AUGAACGACAUGCUAGAACAGGCUUUUCAAGUUCAAGCCGGGAACGUUGCACUUGCCUCAGGAGGGAUUGACAGUGCUGAUAAUUAUAAAAAACGGCAAACUGUAAGUGACAGUGUGACCUAUGCAAAUUUAGAGGUGGCCAAAGACCAUCGUAACAAAACAAGCCUCAGACAGUUUAAAGAUGAUCGCUACUAUAAAUACCCGAUCAUUGGGACUAAUCUAUCCACUUUAGGUGAAUAUGGAGUUGGUCUGGAGCUUUAUUUUCAGUUUAUCAAACAAUUCGCAAUUAUUUUUUUCAUUAUUUCUGGCAUAUCGAUAUGGCCGAUCUAUGAAAACUACCAAGGCAAUUAUUUAGCUGACACAGCACAAAAAGCAUCAUACACUUUUAUUUCCCUUGCAAAUCAAGAAGGUCCUGAAUUUAAUUACACGUUAUAUUCAGAAGCAGACUCAAUGCUAGAUACUGUUAAAGAUAAUCAAAUGAACAUCACUAUCGCUGACUUGAUCUAUACGUGCUUUUUCAUCAUUUUUUUGGUUUAUUUGGAGAUUUAUCUGGUUUAUUUUUUUUUUAAAUUUUUUUAUUUAUUUUUAAAAAAUAAAUUUUAAUAAAAUAAAGAUUUAUGUUAAAAGAAUCAUAAAGAAGCGACGACUUAUGACGGUAACUCCUGGAUCUUUUGCAGUUGAAGCUAAAGGUUUUCCAAAAGAACCAUUGUCAGCCCAAGAAGUUAAGGAUCAUUUCAGUCAAUUUGGAGAAGUUGCGGAAGUUGCUUUUGCCAAAGAUUUUUCUGUAGCAUAUCAUUGGCUGUUAUUUUUUCCCUUCCAUAUAUUCCUUGAUGAUAUUUCGUCAGAAUUUUCCACUGUGAGUAAAACUGGUUAUUUUUUAAUCAAAUAUCUGACAAGAAAAAAUUUUAUCCAAUAUUUUCUAACUCCCCCUCCGUGAGUGAACAAAAAAAUUUUGUUCACUAACGGAGGGGGGUUAAUUUUAUUUUUUUUAAAAAAUUUAUAUAUAUAAAAUUUUAUAAAAAAUAUAUAUAUAUAAAUUUUAUAAAAAAUAUUUUUUUUCGAAAUUUAAAAAAAUCCUAAUUCGCAAAAAUUGGAAAGCAAAUAUUAAUUUAAUUUAUAAAAUUUAUGUUUUAAAAAGCAAUUCGUUCAAAAAUUAAAUAGAAUUAGCUCUAGAUUUCAUUAUACUAAUUAUCAUUUAUAUAUCAAAUUGUUUUUCCAUAAAAAGUUUUUGUUCACUCACGGAGGGUGGGUUUUUUGGGCAAAAAAUAGCGAUUUUUCUAAUGGUUUUGUUCACUCACGGAGGGGGGGGGAGUAAAGGAAUAAACAUGUCGCCGAUUUUUCAGGAAGAUUGUUUUUUUAUAGUAAACGAGCACAAAUCAGUAUAAAAAUUGGUCAUGAAAAGCUAAAAAACAAAAACACUUUGCAGCUUAGAAACCUGCAAAGACAAAUGUCAAUUUUUGACAGGAAGCUAUAUAAAGCUGAUAAUGGGAAUGUUAAAACCUUUAAUGAGCUUCCAGUCAUAAGAGCAUUUAUUAUAUUUAAUAAAGUCGAAGACAAAAAAAACUGCCUUAAAGAGUAUAAAAAUUCUUAUAUAGAAUGUUGCUGCUGCCGAAAAAUGAAAAAACAUUUAAUGUUCCGAGGAAAGCACGAGCUUAAGGUGAAACAAGCCCCAGAACCUUCAAAUAUUUUAUGGGAAAACAUUGAAUACCCUCGUUGGAAGCGAAACGCUCGCAGAAUCUUUGCGAUUGCUCCCACUUUAGCCCUAAUGAUUUUGUCAAUAGCUUUAAUUUAUGCAAUAAAAUACUUGCAAAACGAAAUUCCAAACGAAAACCAUUGCUCAGAACUAGACGUCAAAGAUGAAUCAUUAUCAGCAGCUAAACAAGACUACACAACGAAUGAUCAAAUAUAUACUUAUUUACCAAGAAUAGCCCACUAAGGAGAUUUUUUGGUUGGCCGGAUAAUAGCUGGCUUGCCAAAUUCCUUGGCAUAGCAUAUUUUUUGGCUAACUAAAUUUAAGAAUGGCGAAACCAAAAAAUGCUGCUCCUUAGUGGGCUAUUCUUGGCAAAUAGGUAUACUGCUAUUGCAAGCAGCAAAAUUGGUACAAGCUUUUUAGCGAUAGUGAUCUUAAUUCAUAUUGCACCGAUUAUAUAGAAAAAGUAUCCCUUACGAGCUCUGUCCGAUUUCUUUCCAGCAUAGGUAUCGUUUUUAUAAAUACCAUUCUGAGGAUUAUGCUAACCAAACUGACCAAAUUUGAAAGAAUUUCGACAGUCAGUGGGAUGAGGAUGUCAAUGAUGUCAAAAGUUUUCAUUGCAAUGUUUAUUAACACUGCCCUUAUAACGCUACUUGUUAACGCCAAUUUUCAAUCUUUGUGGUUUGUACAGAGACUGGCAUUUAAAGAGUAUCUUUUUAAUGGAGACUAUAAAGACUUUUCAAGAGAGUGGUAUGAAGACGUAGGUGCUACCAUUAUAGCGACUUUAUUAGUGAGCAUUGCCCUUCCUCAUUUUAUCAACUUAUUGAUAUUUUACCCAAUUGGGGUUAUUAAGCGACAUUGCUGCCAUAAAAAAUAUAUCACACAAUACCAGAUGAACGCUGCUUUUACAGGGCCUGAAUUUGAUAUUUCUUCAAGAACCUCAGUAAUCCUUACUGUAAUUUUUAGUUGUUACCUUUAUUCUGGAGGAAUUCCUUUACUAAACAUUGUAUGUUUUGUCACCUUGGUCGUCAUCUAUUGGACUGAUAAGUUCCUAGUUUUAAGGCACUACCGUAAACCUCCAGUAUAUUCCGAGCUGAUGUACAAGCGAGUUGGCUAUUUUUUACCAUUCGGAAUAAUGCUGCAUUGUGGGUUUUCUUUAUAUAUGUAUGGGAGCCAAGAUAUUUUCCCCAGAGAAUAUGUUCCAUACACAGACUCAGACACUGGAGAAACUUAUAUUGAAGAUGUCAGAACUGAGACUAUAGGAGACAGAAUUUGGGUAUUUCCAGGGAGGGUCAAUAUUAUAUUAUGUGGGAUUUCGUUUUUAAUUUUUGUCUGGCAGUUCUUUUUGAAGGACUUCUUGAAAAGUAAGCAUAAGAACCAGGUUUUGACAGAAAGGGCUGAGAGAACUUAUAUGGAGGAGCUGAAGAAUUUGAGGGCAAUAGGCAUACAUAGCUAUAAUAUAAUGGAAAAUCCAAGCUACGCGCCACUUGUGAUAUCGAUGAAUUCGACUGCUGAGCAGACUAAAAAAAUGGGAGCUUCAGCUAUUAAUAACACUGUUGAAAUAGCUUCUAAAGACGCUAAAGAAAUUAUUUCUGAUGGGCAAGGGACAAACUAA